UUGUGCAACACCCAGUAACAGUUUGAAACAAACACAUUUGUCACGAUCUAUGUUAACAGAGAAAUUAUGAUUUAAAUUGACAACAAAUCUAAAUGUUUUCUACAUUUGAAAUAAAGAAACUGGAUUCCUAAAGUUACAAGUAAAAAUAAAAAAUAUGGAUUUGUGCUUCGCAGUUCUGUUACUUGUUCUAGAAUUAACUUUUCCUUUCUGGUCGAGUGCCACAGCUAUGUCUAGCAAAUGGAAGCGACGCAAAGAAGAGUGCAAAAUGAGAAUGGAUACAAUCACAGGCCAACAGCAGAUGAACACUUUAAAUGGCUGUAUUAUUAGCUGCGAAAACACAAAAAAUUGUCAAGCUGUAUCGUGGCAAUUAAGCGGUACUACAUGCUUCCUUUCCGACAAAAACGUUGUGGAUGACAUGCGAGCACAGUACACUAAAUGGGAACUUGCAACAAGUUGGCUCACCUACUCGAAAGUUAAUUUUCCAGUUGCACGUGUCAUGAAUCCUGAUUCUGAAAAGGACAUGAUGACGUUUGAUGAAGCUGUGCAGGCGUGUCUUGAUCAAGGCGCUGUAAUUGCCACACCCGCUCAGUUGGAAGAAGCUAGGCAGCUUGGUAUGAACAGUUGUGCUUGCGGUUGGUUAUCGAACGGUCUAAAUGGCGGAGUGACCCCAUUAUCAAACUCGUGCAACCAGAUUGCAUAUACAGAAGAAGUGGCUUAUUGCAACAAUACAAAAGCUGUAGCAUGGUGCAAGCUUAACUAACACUUUUUCUGAGAAAGAUAAUUAUACAUUGUUUUGUGAUGUAAAUUCACGGUUGAU